AUGAAAAAGUUCUUCAGCGGAGGAAAGCCAAAAGCUUCGUAUAAUGUGGUCGCAACUUCACCCAAAUCGAAUGACGGAGAAUCACCUUUACCCACCCCGAUUCACGCAGUCUAUACGCAGCCUCAGCAACAGUCACAACAGCGGAUGGACGGUACUCACGACGAUCCUUCCUACGACCCCGUAGAUUCGUUUCCUCAUCCUCAUCCUCUGGCUUUGGCUCCAUCGAGAUCAUCGUCCUACGGCAGUUUGCCACCAGGGGCAUCGCCCCCAGCACCACGUCCACCUAGUCCUCAUCAGCACCCAGUUGCACAAUUGGUUCAGGAAUUCACGACCCCUCAAACGUUGAGGAAGAAGAACCAACCUUCUAAUAUGAAUCCAUUAUCCAAUGCGAACUCCGGUACGAUGUUAGGUAUCUUGCGUGUAUUAGAACCGCAACAAACGUCUGGGCAUCAACAUUCAGCAUCGAACGAUGCGGCCAUCAUACCCCCUUCUACACGGCCGAGUCUGACCCUGGACCAGAGGUUUGCGUCUGUGAACUCAGUCGCGACGGCAAACUCUCUCCAUGACGGAGAGCAUGCGAAGGAUAAGGAGAAAAACAAGAAGGAAGGUGGAUGGCUGUCCAAGUUCACCGGGGAGCCCCGUGAAAAUCAGAAGGAGAAGGAGAAGGAGCAUCGGAGUCAAUCAUGGCAGCUCGUUCACCACGAAGAGCAGGGGGAACUCACUAGGUCCAUUGGUUUUCUUACUGCCACGGCAUCGGAGGAUUGGGGGUUGGUUUUGGAUGUCUGUGAGCGUGCGUCGGCAAACGAAGCAAAUGCCAAAGAGGCGAUCCGUGCACUUAAAAAGGAAUUCAAGUAUGGAGAGCCUGCUGCUCAACUCAGCGCUGCCCGGCUUUGGGCCAUUAUGUUGCGGAAUUCAUCGGAAUUGUUCAUUGGUCAAUCGACUUCUCGGAAAUUCUUUGACACCUUGGAAGAUCUGUUGUUGAGCUCAAGGACAAGUCCGGUCGUGAAGGAACGUGUACUGGACGUGCUAGCGGCGGCGGCAUAUGCCAGUGGCAGCAAGAAAGACACCGGAUUUCGAGGUCUAUGGAAGAAGGUCAAACCUCACGAUAAACCUGACGAGGGCAUGCCAUUCGACACCGACGACGCCAUGUUCAAUCCUCCGGUCCUGGCUCAAGUGCCUAGUGAUCAAGGACAACACACUGGCACACUUGAUAGUGCAAACCAUCCAGAUCAAAGUCAUCAUUUCGUUAAAAAUAGUGAGAGCCAUGGGAAGACGACCGACCAAACGAAUGCCAACGGCACUGCAGAUGCUACACCGCCUCCAACAAAAGACAAAGAACGGCAUAGGGAGCGUGACAAGGAAAGAGGAGAGAGACGUGAACGCGACCGGGACCGACACCGAGACCGGGAGCGAGACAAGGACCGGGAACCUCGAGAUCGUGAUAGACGAGAUUCGAACCGGGACCGUGAUCGUGAUCGUGAACAUCGUAGACAUCGUGACGACGACGAGCGUCGGAAGGAACGCAAACAUAAAAAACGCCACAAAUCACCAUCCGCUCGUAUUAUACCUCCUGAAGAAGACAUUAGACGUUUAUUCCAAGAGUGCAUCAUUGGGAAAGGAAAUGCUGGAUUGUUGAGUCAGGCCUUGGUGCACACUGUACCUGAGGACUUUGACUCGACGGACGGUGGCGGAGAUGUUAUCAAGGAGUUCCGCUUGAAGUGCAUAUCUUCGCAGGAGUUGAUUGCGGCACAAAUUAGUUGGGCUACUGCAGGCGCUGAACGAUCAAGGAAAGAGAAAGGUCAGGAUGUAGAAGAAGAGACGACGGAGGAAAAGCUGUUAGGCGAUCUCCUUGCUGCUAACGAGGAGCUCAUGAGUGCAUUAAAGCAGUAUGAAGAUCUUGAAAGGGUCGCCAUGGAGAGGAAAGCCGAAGAAGAGAGUCGGAAAGACGUGGGCGGAAGAGGAAGAAGAGCUGAAAAUGAACGCCAGCAACAUUUGGACAACUUGCGCAAUAACUCAAGUCGUGGCGGUCGGUCAUCUCGAAGUUCUUCACCACACCCGCUACCUCCGCCACCUGCCCAUUCUGCACGUGUACCUUCACCUUCGCGCACACCUUCGAGACCGUCCUCCGUCAUCUUAGGCCAGCCUCAUCAUCUUGCACCUCCUGCAGCACCCCACGGUCCUAGAAGCCCAGGUUUACGAACUCCUAGUCCCGGCGAAGGAGUGAGCGGUCUGAAACGAAUGAGCAUCCAGGAUCCUCAAACCACUAGUACUGAGAGCGACGACGAUUACAAUCAGCCAUUCAUCACACCCAGUGAGAAGGCGCUAGGCAAGAGAAGAUGUGCUGAUACUGAAGACGCGAAGUCUGAACAUGCUCGCCUACAGCAACAAAACCGUAUGCAGGACGAGUUCAACUAUAACGGUGUCAAUAUGUCGCCCACCGAUGACCGCUACAGUGUCAAUUACAAUUCGGAUGAGGACGGAAGCGAUGGGUAUGGGGAGCGAGGUGGCGGUGGUGGAUAUCAUCAUCACAAGCACCCUCCAGUGCAAUUCGUGUAUGAUGCAGCAGCGGAGAGGACGAGGCAAAGGCUGCUUGAAGGGAAGGUUGAGAGUUAGGUUGCACUCAACCUUUUCUUUCUUUCUUUCGGUUUUUCUUAGUUUUUCAGCAUUUUACUUGCAUGCAUGCAACACGCACACGUUUGUCGUUAUUUAUUUUUAAUGUAGCACUAGCACAUCUCUGCUGUUGGCAAUAGUAUGGCUGAUGA